AUGGUGGAAGUAGCACACUUUACAGUGAUUGGGUCAGAUCAAGCUGUCACUUCCUCGAUAGGAGAUGAAGCUAUUUUACAUUGUCACCUCUCCCCCAAGAUGAGCACUGAGAACAUGGAAGUGAGAUGGUUCCGAUCCAAAUUCUCUUCACCUGUGCACCUAUACCGUGAUCAGAAAGAUCAGUACGUACAGCAGAUGCCAGAAUAUCGAGGACGGACAGAACUUUUGAAAGACGGCAUGGCUGAUGGAAGAGUUGCCUUGAAAAUUCGCAAUAUCACAUUCUCGGAUGCAGGGUGGUACAGCUGUUUUUUUCGGUCAAAUGUCUCUUAUGAGGAAGCCUUAAUAGAACUGAAGUUAGCAGCUUCCGGCUCAGAUCCGCUGAUAUCUGUUGAGGAUUAUCAAGAUGAAGGGAUCCGAAUUGUUUGCCAGUCGAUUGGAUGGUAUCCAGAGCCUGAGCUGCAAUGGAGAGAUCGCAGUGGAAAUCAUUUGUCAUCCCUUUUUGGAAAAAAAUCUCAAAGUGAAAAUGGGUUGUUUAGUAUUCAGCAUAUGCUCAUUAUAACAGAAAAGUCUAUCAGAAACCUUUCCUGUUCUAUCAGAAACAGUGUUCUGAAACAAGAAAAGGUAUCAAGAGUUUAUAUAUCAGUGAAUUUCACACUGGAUCCAGACACAGCUCAUCCAGAACUCAUCCUGUCUGACGAUCAGAAAAGUGUGCAUCAUGGAGACAUACGUCAGCAUCUGCCCAACAAUGCUGAGAGAUUUGAUUAUUCUGCCAUUGUGCUGGGCAGUGAGAGAUUCACAGUUGGCAGACAUUAUUGGGAGGUUUCGGUGAAAGAUAAGACUAACUGGGACUUGGGUGUUUGUCUGGAGAAUGUAGACAGGAAGAAGAAGAUUAUAGCAAACCCUACAAAGGGAUACUGGGUAAUUGUGCAGAGGGCUGGGGAUACAUACAAGGCCCUCACUGAAGUUCGGACUUCCAUAACUGUGGAAGUGAAACCAAAGCAGAUAGGGAUUUUCCUGGAUUGUGGAGAAGGAAAAGUCUCAUUUUACAAUGUGACAGAUGGGUCACACAUGUACACUUUCAAUGCCAAGUUCACCGGGCCUGUCCGACCCUUUUUCAGUCCUUGGUACAAUGAAGAUGGUAAAAAUGCUUCUCCUCUAAAAAUCUGUCAUGUUAGGGACUGGGAAUGAGGCAAUCAGCUAUUCACAAUGGCAGGGCAGGGAGGCAAAUGUAUAGUGAAUAGGGCAGCAGACAAAGAGUGAAGAGCUGUAGGGUCUAUGCCUGGCUCUGCUGUGUUACCCAAAGGAAGACUCACUGGGUCCAAUUCCCCUGCCUUGCCUAUUUAGAUUACAAGCUGUGAGAAACAAA